UCCAGACUGUUGUAGGUGCUCAUAAACGCCCAUCUGUUUAAUCCGACCGUAAGAGGAACCACUGAUCCAUAGUUUCAUUUUCCACUACAUAUACCAACGCUAUGGCGGGAGAGGAAGUAAACAAUGUGACUGUCUCUCAGGGGAUUCGUAUGUUGUUUAGUCUAAUGACUCCUAAUGAAUCAUCUUUCGCGACUGUACAAGAGGUGCCGAAAUAUGUCAAUCAGGCCACACCGUAUUUCUUUGGUUUGAUAUUUUUGGAGUUUGUGUUGGGAGGGUUAAAGAAAGAUGGCCCUCGCAUCAAGAUCAACGACUACAUCACGUCUUUGUCCGCAGGGAUGAUGUCCCGCCUGCCUCAGCUCAUGAUGAGAAGUUUGGAGCUGUCAGUUUAUAUUUAUGUCUGGAACAACUUCCGUUUAUUGGAGCUUCCCUGGGAUUCAGCUUGGACAUGGUGGCUUACGUUUCUUGGUGUGGACAUGGGAUACUACUGGUUCCAUCGGUUUGCCCAUGAGUUAAACUUCAUAUGGGCCGCCCAUCAAGUUCACCACAGUUCUGAAUACUACAAUCUGUCGACAGCACUACGCCAGUCUGUCACCCAGCAGUUUUCCUCAUGGGCAUUUUACGUUCCGCUGGCGCUGAUGGUCCCUCCGUCGAUUUUCGCAGUGCACGUACAGUUCAAUCUGCUGUAUCAGUUCUGGAUUCAUACUGAGCUGGUCAAAGAUCUUGGACCUCUGGAGUGGAUCCUAAAUACUCCCAGCCACCACAGAGUUCAUCAUGGGCGAAAUCCAUAUUGCAUUGAUAAGAAUUAUGCAGGAAUUCUGAUCAUAUGGGACAGGAUGUUUGGUACAUUUGCUCCUGAAAGUGAUAAAGUUAUCUAUGGACUCACACACCCAAUCAGCACAUUUGAAAUCUGGACUGUCGAGUUCUCUUAUUACCCGUACCUAUGGCAGAGGUUCUGGGAAGCUGAAGGAAUUUCAAAUAAGCUGUCCGUCAUUUUAAAAGGGCCAGGCUGGACUCCAGGAAAACCAAGACUAGGAGACAUCGCUGAUAUACCCCAGAUUACAGGAAAGGAAAAGCCUCACGAUCCAGCAUGGUCCCCUGCGAUGCAAGCGUAUGUGAUUGUACAGUUCCUGCUUUUAGUGGAUGUAUAUAACAACUUGUUAAUGAACCAAACGAUACUCUCUGAGAUGACUAUACUUCUUUUGACUGCCUGCGUAUUACUUUCUCUAACCUCUCUGGGCUUCCUGAUUGAUCAGAGGGCUAAUGCAGCUGAAUUGGAGAUGCUGAGAUGUAUUUUGAUAAUGGCUCUUCAGCGGUUUGGUUACAUUAAGCCUCUGGUGCCUCUGUUGGCUUUUCCGAUUGAAGUCUUUCUAUUAAUCUCUGCAGUCUACUGGAGUCUCCAGUGUGUGAAUCAGCGAACCAACAGGAUGAAGAAACAAAACUAGAUAAGACAUCAACAGCAAACAACCUCAUACUGAUGCAUUACACACAAGCUGUUUACAAUUCAAUGUCCUGCAUCAGUGACAUCUUCCAUGCAUUUAACUGUGAGAUUUGUACUUUUAAUUUUUUCAAAAAACCGCUGCUAAGGCAAAGUCUUCACACUGAUUUUGGUUUGGCAUUGAAAGAGAUGCUAUAAAAAUAGCAUGAAUUAAGAUAUUGUAAAGAUGAUAGUGAGACGUAGCUCUUAAAAUGGUACUAACCAGCUUAAAACAUGCAUAAAUACAAAAGGUAUGUAUUAAAUGUAGCUUUAUAUGCAUGCAUACUAUUAUUUGAAAUGUGUCAAAUAAUGCAGAUACAACAACUAGUGUAUUUUUAAGAAUUGUGUAAAAUUUUACGUUUGUCAUACUGGACAGACAAUACCUGACCUCUUACUGACAACAUGAUGGACCAACAUGCUUUCAGAUAUAAUUUUAACAUAUAAUAUUCUAUAAGCUAUAUAUGUUGUAUUUUAGGACAAUUCUUUUGAACAACUCGGUCUGAAUAAACCAGUAAAGACUG